AUGGAAGUGUGCGGGGAAUGGGACCCAAUUGUCAUCCAAAGCCUGGAUGGCUAUAGAGUAGAGACCGUCGUUGCGUCGCCCCCUGCGAGUCCACCCACGGCCAUCCAUGCUGUCCAAAUGCAGAGAGCACGUGCUCCCGCCACCGUCGCCUCUCGCGCCCUCGUCCGCGACAACCAGCGCAUAACCGCUCUCGCCCGAGCCGGCGACCUCGCCGCCGCGCGCCGGGUGUUCGACGCCAUGCCCCGCCGCGACGUCGUCUCCUGGAACGCGCUCCUCACCGCGCUCUGGCGCGGGGGCCGCGACCUGCCCGCGGCGCGCCGCCUCUUCGACGACAUGCCGUCCCGCAACGUCAUCUCCUGGAACUCCGUCGUCGCCGGCUGCCUCGCGCACGGCGACCUGGCCGCCGCCUCCGCCUACUUCGCGCGCACGCCGCGCCGCAACGUGGCCUCCUGGAACGCCAUGCUGGCCGGGCUCGUCCGGCUCGGCCGCAUGGAAGACGCGCGGAGGCUGUUCGGCGAAAUGCCCGAGAGGAACGUGGUGUCGUUCACCACCAUGGUGGACGGGCUGGCCCGGCGUGGGGAGGUGGCGAGGGCGCGCGAGGUGUUUGACGAAAUGCCCGAGAGGAACCUGGUGUCGUGGGCAGCGAUGAUUAGUGGGUACGUUGAGAACGGCAUGUUCGGCGAGGCAAGGAAACUGUUUGAAGCGAUGCCAGAGAAAAAUGUUGUGGCGUGCACGGCCAUGAUCACUGGCUAUUGCAAGGAAGGAGACGUGGAGAGUGCCAGGAGGCUUUUUGAUGGGAUUCUUGUCAAAGACGUCAUCUCUUGGAACGCCAUGAUUGCAGGAUAUGUUCAUAAUGGACAUGGGGAAGAAGCUUUGAAAUUGCACAUCAUAAUGCUCAGAGAAGGUGAGAAACCAGAUCAUGCGACUCUCAUUGCAAUCAUGACAGCGUGUUCUGCCCUUGCUUUGCUCAGACAAGGAAGAUCAACACACGCUGUUGGCACCAAAACAUUGUUAGAAUCUAGCACAUCCUUUUGUAAUGCUUUGAUGACAAUGUAUAGCAAGUGCGGCGAUGUCAGUGAGUCCGAGUUAGUAUUCGUAAAUCUUAAAAGCCAGGAUAUUGUGUCGUGGAACACAAUAAUUGCGGCAUAUGCACAACAUGGCAAAUAUCAUAAAGCUAUUUCUCUCUUCCAUGAGAUGGAAACACGAGGACUGAUACCAAAUGAUAUUACCAUCCUUAGUGUGCUAUCAGCAUGUGGGCAUGUUGGCAGGGUGGAUGACAGCUUGGAACUAUUUGAUCUUAUGACAUUCAAAUACGCGACAUCUCCAAAAGCUGAACACUAUGCUUGUAUUGUGGAUAUAUUGGGCCGAGCAGGACAAUUCGAGAAAGCGUGUAGUUACAUAAAAGAGAUGCCAUUUGAAGCUGAGAAGAAUGUUUGGGGUGCAUUGUUGGGAGCUUCGAAGACUCAUGGUAAUGUGCAGUUGGGUGAAUUUGCUGCGAAAAUGCUUGUGCAGUCAGACUCAGGAAGUUCAGGGCCUUAUGUGAUGCUUUCGAAUAUAUAUGCUGCUGCUGGCAUGUGGGGUGAUGUCAAUCGAGUAAGAGGACAAAUGAAGGAAAAAGGUGUGAAGAAACAACCUGGAUAUAGCUGGACUGAGAUUGCUAAUCAAGUUCAUAUGUUUGUGGGUGGUGAUGCAUCUCACCCAGACAUGAACAAGAUCGCUUCUGAGCUGAGAAAAAUCAGCUUUCAUAUGCAAUUGAUGGCCAGUGGAACUCAUACAGUAGUAGAGCUGGCCGAAGAAUGUGGAUAAUAGUGUGCUUUUUCAUACCGUCCGUGCUCUCAUUCAUUUGCAACAUCUGCUGUCAGAAUCUCUGUUUGUGAAUUCAAGGAUCAAAUUCACAGGCAAUAGACUGUUAGUUUUAGGUACAUGGAUUUUCUGCAUGACAUUUAAGCAGGCAGGUCUAUUGGAUGUUGCAAUCAUGAUAGAGCUGGUUUCUUUCCUUCAGUAAAGAAGGGGCCCUGGCAUUUGUAAAAAAGGUUUAAUUAUAUAUUGGGAGAAACAAUUAUUAAAGGUUUUGCAGCAACCUUUACUGAGAUAAACCAUGGUUGUCAGGUCCAGUUAAUCCCAAGGGAAGUGCUGUAGUUUUUCAGACGGGCUAUUCGUAGACAUCUCCUAGUUGGAUGUGCUUCAUGCAAAUUUAGUUUGGUCCAUUUGGACAUAAGGAACAAUAAUGUUCUGGUGAAAUUGACAUCAUUAACAUUACAAAAGACUAAUGGCAAGACAAGGACUACUCAACUACUACAUAUUACUAGAGUUUUGCAUUAGCCUGAAACAACACAAGAAUUCCCAC